GACUCGGCAGCUAACGUUUCCAAAGGAAGAGAUACCCAUUUAUCUCAUUGUGGAGCCAGACUGUGCGUUACCACCAUGGCUCUUUACGAAUAUGUCACUCAGGACCAGCUCACGGGCUUCGACAAAUACAAGUACAGCGCAGUGGACUCGAAUCCCCUGUCUGUCUACGUCAUGCACCCUUUCUGGAACUUUGUGGUGAAGUUUCUACCAACAUGGUUGGCUCCGAACCUCAUUACAUUUACAGGCUUUAUGUUCCUUGUGUUGAAUUUCCUUAUGUUGGCCUUCUACGACUUUGACUUCACUGCCUCUGCUGCAGGACAUGUACACGUGCCUAGUUGGGUCUGGGUUUCUGCAGGGAUCUUCAACUUCUUGGCCUAUACACUCGAUGGUGUUGAUGGUAAACAGGCUCGCCGCACUAACUCCUCCACGCCACUAGGGGAGCUGUUUGACCAUGGCCUGGACAGUUGGGCCUGCAUCUUCUUUGUGGCCACCGUCUACUCCAUAUUUGGGCGUGGGGAAAGUGGCGUAAGCGUGGCCACACUGUACUACAUCCUGUGGGUUGUGCUGUUCUCAUUCAUUCUAUCUCACUGGGAGAAAUAUAACACGGGCAUCUUGUUUCUGCCAUGGGGAUACGACAUCAGUCAAGUGACAAUAUCCCUCGUUUAUCUGGUCACUGCUGUGGUCGGCGUGGAGACAUGGUACCAGCCAAUCCUGUGGCACUUCCUCUACAGAGACCUUUUCAGCUUUAUGAUCAUUGCCUGCUCCUUCACUGUGACUUUACCCAUGAGCCUCUUCAAUGUUCUGAAGGCUCACCGCAGUCACACUCUGAAGCACAGCAACCUGUACGAAGCCUUCCUGCCCUUCCUUUCUCCCGUCCUCCUCUUCGUCUUGUCCACCAUCUGGGUGGUCUUCUCUCCAUCCCAAAUCCUCGAGCUGCAGCCCAGGAUCUUCUACCUCAUGGUGGGGACAGCCUUCGCUAAUGUCACGUGUAAUCUGAUUGUGUGUCAGAUGAGUAACACACGUUGCCAGGCGCUGAGCUGGCUGUUGCUGCCCAUGACGCCGGUAGUGUUGUUAGCGGUGACCGGGGCGGUCGCCAAUGAGACCCUGCUGCUGUAUCUGUGGACAGCUGCUGUCAUACUAGCACACAUACACUACGGCCUCUCAGUGGUACAACAGCUAAGCAGCCACUUCGGCAUCUUGGCCUUCUCCCUGAAGAAGCCCAACAGUGACUGACAGGAGGGGGAACGAAUCGGUUUGAAAGAAGCAGAGGUUUAAGCUCCUCCCAUCCUCGGCUUAUCGACACUUCACUCUCAUCACCUCGGAAACCACAUCCCCUCGCCUCCCCACCAUCCAUGAGGAUACUGCAAGAGGAAUGGACUGUGUUUCCACUGUCCCCAAAAACACACACACACACAUACUCGCACACACAUCCCCAAACAAACUCUGGUCUCUGCGGUGGGGGCAGGCCCAGGGGCUCUGGCUUCCGUCAUUGGUGAUUGGCUAACUUGGUUGAGCCAACGAGGUGCAAUUGUUUCCUACGGAAAUGUGCUUCAGUCAUGAGGACAGGAGCCAUGAAAACACACACACACACACACACACACACACACACACACACACACACACACACAUGUACAGAUAAUUUAUAUCUCGUGGCAGGUAUUUCAAAUACAAACACAGCCACACACAAACACAAACAAACAGUUGCACUCACAUAGUAUUAUGAAUGUAUAAUAUGCCUUGGGGAAACGCCAUUUAAGUUUAAUUAUAUUAACAGGAAUGCCUCGAGUAGUGUUGUUUCAAACCUGACCAAACCUCUAAAUUGUGGCUCAUAUAUCACAGCUGUUUAAAGGUUCAGUCACCUUUUUUAUCAUGGGAUGAUUUUCAGUCUGAUAUAUCCCAGCGAUAUAAGUUAAUAGCUAUAUCUAUGUGUGUGUGGUGUGUG